GACUGAAAGGAGAAACACUUAUUUCCCUCCUUAUCUCUUAAACUUUUCUCCCGUCUGCGCGUGUGUUCUCUCCUCCGUGAUGGCGGUAAUACCGUCCCGUCAUCAGCCUUCGCCAACAUCAGCGGUUACAACAGGAAAACCGCAGCAGCAGCAGCAACAACAACAACAAUAAGACGCAGCAGAAUCAGUUGCAGCAAGCGCAACAGCACAAAGAAGCAGCACAAUCUGCACCAGCAGUCGCGAUGCUCGCGCUCCGGUGCCUCCUGCUGGGCUGCGUCCUGAUGACACUCGCCCUCGCCGACCCCCUGUCCAAUGAAGCCGACUCCACUGACGACACCGAGGAGGCCAAGCCGCGUAUCCUGCUGCGAAAACGGCGCACUACCGAGCUGCCCAGCAACGCCAACAUCCGGUUCGAGUCGAAAUUGACGGUGCCACAGGUGCCGACCGGCCUCUACCAGGUGUGGUUCGGCCCCGUGCGCUUUUACAUCCAGCAGCUCUUCAGCUCGACCAGCGCUCGGGACAUCGCCGACAUUGUGUCUCAGCAGCUGGCAGCUGAUCGAGGCAGUGCCUCCACGGCUGCCCUCAAACAGCUGGCCGAGAGCUCGCUACGCCAGCAGGCCGCGCAAGGGUCGACGCUGUUCUUCACCGGCCGCGCCGUGGCCGAGGAUCAGCUGAACAUCUUCCAGUCCCUGGAGGCAGCCAUGAAGGAGCUGGGUGUGGACGGCAAGGCAUGCCUGCUGCGCACCAUCUGUGAGCUGCAGGAGUCGCCGGUGGCCGAGUGGACCUUCGCUGGAGAGCUCAUCACACACUUCCUCACGCCGAAGGAGGGCAACUACGACUUCCUCUCCGACUACCAGCAGGCGCGGCAGCUGGGUGCCGAGGCGGGCGGCCGGCAGCGCUGCCGAGCGGCCUACUCCGAGUGUCCUCUCUCCGUGUUCAACUUCAUCCCCGACAUGCUAGGAGAGGACGUGCUGCUGCCGCUGGGAAAUAUCACCAACAGUCUGGGCUAGGGGCUACCGCGGCAGCACGGUCGCCAAUGUUUGUUAUUUUAUCGAGUGUUCUCAUGUG